ACUGGUUCUCGUUGCGGAUGUUGCUGGUGGUAUAAAUUAUUGAUUAUUUUCGCCAAUAAAAUCAGUUUGAAUGCAGACUUCAAACGUCUGAACAGUGAUCAUGAAUGUUUUUAUAGUGAUCUUGGCGAUUUCUGUGCUUGGAGCGACAGCUGCGCCCCAGUUCCAUAGUGAAAUUCAACAACAAUGGCAAGACUGGCGUCAUCAGGAGUUGGUGCCACAACAAAUCAAGCAGAAUCAACAUUUGGUUCCGCCAUCCAACCUGAAUGGAUUCGAAGCAUCUUCUCAAUUCCAACAACAGCCGCAAUGGCAAGAACAGGUUUUACCUCAACUUCAACGAGCACCUGUAUCACAAUGGCAAAAUCAUCUACCUCAAAAACCCCAGAAUAUGAUCCCUCAUGUGAACAAUGUUCCGGAAAGUUACUCUAAUGAUGUCCAACGACAAACUUGGGGACAGUUAGAACCUCCAAAGCAAAAACCUCAGCAACAACCGCCACCUCAGAAGCCUCAAUAUAUGAGACCAUACGAAAGUGAAUUACCAGAAUCUAAUCCAGAAUUUCAACACGUUCCGGAAAGACAUUCUAAUGAUAUCCAGCGACAAACUUGGGGACAGCUAGAACCUCCGAAGCAAAAGCCGCAACAGCAACCGCCACCUCAGAAGCCUCAAUAUGUGAGCCCCUACGAAAGUGAAUUACCCGACUCAAAUUCAGAAUUUCAACAAAAGUGGGGACAGUGGCUCCAACAACAGCAAACACAGCGAGAACGAGAACCAGAAAUGCAAGCACCACCCCAAAAUGUUCAACAACAAAUCCAGAACAAACCACAGCCACAACGGCAGAAACCGAAACCGCAAAAUCCUCAAUUCAUUAAACCGAUAGAUGUGGAAGAUUUCGGCGACCAAGAUUACUCAGACCAGCCCAAAUUUCAUACUGACGUUCGCUGUCCGAGAAUCGACAAUGCUAAAAAGCCAGUUCAUUUGCCGGUACCCGGCAAUUGUUCCAAGUUCAUUAAAUGUUUCGAAGGACUUGCCUACGAACAAAACUGUCCCGCAGGGCUGGAGUUUGGAGUUAGCGUGAACCGUUGCGAUUAUCCUGCGAAGGCCAAGUGUAGCAUUAAUAAUGGAUGGUAAAAUGUACGAUGCUGUAAAAAAUCGCAUUACUUAAUAGGGAAGAUUCAAAUUUGACGUCCAUCGUUUUUCGAGAUUUCCUAGACCCCUCCUCCCACCUUUGUCACGCUUUUUUCCAAUACCAAAUACUCUCACAGAACACUUCUCCCGCUUCCAAAUGAUGGACGUCAGUUUUGGUAUAAUAAAAAAAAUCUACGAAAUAUCAGUCUUCAAUUCAAUUGAAUUCAACUUUACACAAAAAAAUCUGUCGUAGUUAAAUUGAUCAGUCAAUCGAACACAUCAGAGGAAUAAAAGAUUUGAAGUAGCAUUAUGCAUAACUUCACAAA